AUGUUUGAAAAGUUCUCGGUUAUUCUUUUAGCAACAUUUGCAGUGCAAAGUGUUGUGACGAGACAAACAUUGAUGACUGACACAACGUUCGGAGGUGAAUUGGACACAGAAAAAAGUAAAACAACAUUCGAACGAAAUCGCAAAGCUGAGGAAAGAAUUAAUUUGAGUUUUCCGGGCACGAAAUGGUGUGGACCUGGCAACACAGCUGAUGGCUACGAUGAUCUGGGAAAAGACAAAGAGGUCGAUGCAUGUUGUCGACAGCACGAUCACUGUGACAACAUUGCAUCAGGUGAAGAGAAACAUGGUCUGAAGAACGACGAUUAUUUCACUCGCCUCCAUUGUCAAUGCGACAAGGAAUUCAAGCAAUGUCUCCAAAGUGCAAAUUCAAAGCGUGGAAAUUACAUCGGCAACUUCUACUUUAACGUUCGAGAUCGUUGCUACAAAGAACAACAUCCGAUCGUUGAAUGUGACGAGAUUCACACAAAAAUCUUCAUUCGCCGAUGCAUCAGAUACACAAUUGAUGGGAUGAAAGCGAAAACUUGGCAAUGGUUCGACUUGCCAUUUUAUGACGAUGAACACGACUUUCAGUUUGACGAUCCAGAAGCUGAUCACUUCGUUCAAGAUAAUAAUUUACUUGAAUUCGUUUAGCGA